CGGGGGCGGCACCGGGAUAAGGCGGGGACCACUGGCAGCUGCGGCAGCUUGCUCCCGCUCCCUCCUCGCACCCGAGGCGGCCCUUGCAAACUAACCCCCGCCCCGAGGCGUAGGCCGGGGCCCGAACCCAGCGGGUGCCGAGUCUCAGCCCGGGACCUCCAUCACUUCCGAAGAGCCAUGUUCCAGGCUGCAGGAGCCGCCCAGACCACCCCCUCUCAUGAAGCCAAAGGCGGUGGUGGCAGCAGCACUGUGCAGCGCUCCAAGUCCUUUAGCCUGCCGGCCCAAGUGAAAGAGACCUGCACCGCCUGCCAGAAGACUGUGUACCCCAUGGAGCGGCUGGUGGCUGACAAGCUUAUUUUCCACAACUCUUGCUUCUGCUGCAAGCACUGCCACACCAAGCUGAGCCUGGGCAGCUAUGCGGCUCUGCACGGCGAGUUUUACUGCAAACCCCACUUCCAGCAGCUGUUUAAGAGCAAAGGCAACUACGAUGAGGGGUUCGGCCGCAAGCAGCACAAGGAGCUCUGGACCCACAAGGAGGUGGACUCUGGCACCAAGACAGCUUGAGGUCCCCGUGACCUUCUGCUCCCUCCGCAGAGGGCCUGGAACUGGGCCAUAGGAAGGAUGGGAAAGAGGUUGAUUUUAGGCUUGGGUGGGCUGCAGGGUGGGAAGGGGGCGAAGCUCCUCAGGCAGAAAGUACCAGGUGCAGGGCUCUGCUCUAUGAUUCCUUCCUCCUCCCUCAGCGGGUAGGGGUUUGGGAGCCAGGAUUAGAGUUUGCGCUCCACCCUGCUUCCUUCUUUCAGCCUACCCCACCCCACCUCACAACCCCCUGGGAGGCCCCCCAAGACCAGUUUCCCUAACUAGGUGCCUUUUCUCCAGCAAGGAGUCAGCAUGCCCCCCUCAGGGUCCCAAGCACCCUCACUGCCACCUAGGCUGUGUGCAGCCGCCAAGUCUCCCCAUCUACCUCUACUCAUAACCUGCUCCUGAGCUACAGGGACCGGAAGUAGAGUGAGUGCGCCGCCUGCUGGGCCUCAUGGACGCCACCUCUGCAGUCGGGGGAGGGGAUGGGGAAGUGGCCUGGCAAGGCAGGACCUGCCUUUUUGGGGCUUGGGACCCUCUUACACCAGGAAGUUAAAAGCUUCUGCCAGGCUGAGAGCCUGAGACCUGCUGGGUGAGCAGCUUCCAUGCUCCCUUGCUCUCCCUUAUUCCUGCCCCUAUGACUGAUGUGAUCACCCGUUUUAAACACGUUUAAAUAGAUCUUGACUCUGUAUUAUGUGGCCUGAUGGGGGGCUUUGUGGCAGGAAGAAUGCAGACCCACCCUAUGGAGGGGAAGGGGGAACAGCCCUAGAACACUCUUGGCUUUGGUGUGGGGGGCAGAAAUGAGUGUCAGGGAAAUAGCGAGCCAGCUUAAGAAAGGGAUGCUCUUCCACCAAACAAGGCACCACCUCUGCAAUUGUGACUGAAACCCACUCUGCCCCCCCAGCUUUGAGUUGGUUAAGACACUCCAGGUCCACUGACUCAGAUUUUGUUUUGAAGAGGAGGGCAGGAGGCAGAACCCUUGACUCCUUGUCUGACCCUUCUAGCUGGUCUCAGCUGUCCAGCUCCUCUCAGUAUCAGCCAGCCCUGUGGCCUGGAAUCUGCAAGGAAUGGUGGGAACCUGUAGGUGCUACUGAAGGUCUUAGCGACUGCUUUUUUUUUUCCUGUCCUUUCCCUUAUUGCUGCACUUUUGUGGUGCCUUUUCAAAUUCUGGGGUUAACAUUUCUGUUGGACUUAAGGAGAAGCUGUUUGCUUGCUCCUGAGAACCCAGGAGCAUGGAAGGAUGGCAGUUUACAGCAAAUAAGGCAAGCUUGGAGGACCUAAAACACCCACCCUACCCCCUCAUGACAAAUAGAAGUCUGGAUUGUCCUGAA